GUGCAGGCGCAGAGACUUGGCUUGACUGGCUUGGAUUUAAAGCGAUAGAAGCUGUUAGGAGUCCUACGAGACGGUCCCCAAUACCCUCCCCUCAAGUCCUUGGGACCAUUUGGGUCCCCAGAACUGGGGAGAUGGUUUGCGGCGGAUUUGCCUGUUCCAAGAAUGCGCUGUGCGCUCUCAACGUGGUUUAUAUGCUUGUGGGCUUACUGCUCAUUGGCGUGGCCGCCUGGGGCAAGGGCCUGGGUCUGGUGUCCAGCAUUCACAUCAUUGGAGGAGUCAUCGCCGUGGGGGUCUUCCUUCUCCUCAUCGCGGUGGCUGGGCUCGUGGGGGCUGUUAAGCACCACCAAGUGCUGCUCUUCUUUUACAUGGUCAUCCUUGGUUUGGUCUUCAUCUUCCAGUUUGGGAUCUCUUGCUCCUGUCUGGCUAUUAACCGAAACAAACAGAUAGAUGUCAUCAAUGCAUCCUGGUGGGUCAUGAGCAACAGUACCCAGCAUGAAUUGGAGAGAAGUUUUGACUGCUGUGGCUUGUUCAACCUUACAGCGCCAUACCUUCAAGACGAUACUUCCUGCGGUGCAGUGUGCAAGACCAGGAGUUCUGCAUGCCAGUUGUGUGGUGAGAAGUUCCUUAAACAUUCGGACAAAGCCCUGAAAAUCCUAGGUGGUGUUGGCCUUUUCUUCAGCUUCACAGAAAUCCUUGGUGUUUGGCUGGCAAUGAGAUUCCGGAAUCAAAAAGACCCCCGAGCAAACCCCAGUGCCUUCCUAUGAGACUUGUGAUCUUCCAGAUAGGAUCUUUGAAUCCCAGGCUGGCUUCCAACUUGCUAUGUAGCCAAGGAUGACGUUGAAUUCUGGAUCCCCCUGCCACAGUGUCCAAGUGGUGUGAUUACAGGUGUGUGUCACCACACUCAACAAGUCUCCAGAUCCUUCUGACUUGGUUUUGCUCUCCCAGCUUUUUUAAUUCCCUAAAUUCUUGAAAACCUAGCCCCCCCCCCAAUCCCAACAUCUGGUUUUUGUUUUGUUUUUUAAAAAAGGGGGUCGCGUGCCUCAUUUACCAAAACUGAUCAAGUAAGUGGUUAGGUUUUUUUGUCUUUACAUAUUUUGAUGGGACAAGACUUAGAAAGAAGAACCUUAUACCUCUCCCUAGGAGAAGAAUAUACUCCUAGAAGCAUGGACAAGGGCUGGGAGCCUUUCAUAACUCUUUACCCUCCUUUGGACUGACACCUUAACCUGGCUCCAAGGACAGAUCACAAAGUACCAAAGGGAAACAACUUUCUUGGGGGUCGGGGGUGGGGGUUCCGGGGCUACAGCCCAGGGAAACACAUGCUAGGCAAGUGUUUUCCACCACUGAACUAUAGUCCCAGCCCCACCCAGAAGUCUUGUCAAGGCAAGACCUGGAGGGAGGCAGCAACCUUAAAACUAAAGCCAUUUUAACUGAGUAUUCAGAAAGGAAUUGAAAGGGCCUUUUCCAUCCUGUCAGCCAGAGCUGAACUGCCUGUCUAGGAACUGUGUGAGUCUUCAGAUGAGGCAGGGAACCUUUCAAGCAGGCUCUCAGUCUCCCAAAGGCAAAGCCAACCAGGAAAACAUUAAAGAAAAAAGAAGGCCGUA